GGGGGGGGCGGAGCGGAGCGGCGGCACCAUGGCCUCCGAGAGCGAGGCGCAGCGGGCGCUGCAGUACGAGCAGACCUUGAUGUAUGGGCGUUACACGCAGGACUUGGGCACCUUUGCCAAGGAUGAGGCAGCGCGGCUGCGGCUGCAGGAGGGGGACACGCCCCGGCCCCGCCGCCCCUCCGAGCUGCUGGAGUACAGCCAGGGCCGCUGUGCCCCCUGUCGUGUCUGCGCCUUGCAGUGCCAGCGGUUCCUCAUCUCCAAGGUGGGCGAGGACUGGGUUUUCCUCAUACUGCUGGGACUGGUCAUGGCACUGGUCAGCUGGGCCAUGGAUUUCGCCAUCGCCACGUGCCUCCAAGCUCAGAAGUGGAUGUACGGGGGCCUGGACACCAACGUGCUGCUGCAGUACAUGGCCUGGGUCACCUACCCCACUGUGCUCAUCACCUUCUCAGCUGGCUUCACCCAGAUCCUUGCCCCCCAGGCCGUGGGCUCAGGGAUUCCUGAGAUGAAGACCAUCCUGCGGGGUGUUGUGCUGAAGGAGUACCUCACCCUCAAGACCUUUGUGGCCAAGGUGAUUGGACUGACGUGUGCCCUGGGCAGCGGCAUGCCCCUGGGCAAGGAGGGUCCCUUUGUCCACAUUGCCAGCAUGUGCGCAGCCCUGCUCAGCCGCUUCCUCUCCCUCUUUGGGGGCUUCUACGAGAAUGAGGCAAGAAACAUUGAAAUGCUGGCAGCUGCCUGCGCUGUCGGUGUUGGCUGCUGCUUCGCCGCCCCCAUCGGAGGCGUCCUCUUCAGCAUCGAGGUCACCUCGACCUUCUUUGCCGUCCGCAACUACUGGCGCGGCUUCUUCGCUGCCACCUUCAGCGCCUUCAUCUUCCGUGUCCUUGCUGUCUGGAACAAGGAUGAAGAGACAAUCACGGCACUGUUCAAAACCCGCUUCCGCCUCGACUUCCCCUUCGACCUGCAGGAGCUGCCUGCCUUUGCCGUCAUCGGGAUCGCCAGCGGUUUUGGGGGCGCGCUCUUCGUCUACCUCAACCGCAAGAUUGUGCAGUUCAUGCGCCGCCAGAAGACCAUCAACCGCUUCCUCAUGAAGAAGCGCCUGCUCUUCCCUGCCCUGGUGACGCUGAUCAUCUCCACGCUGACCUUCCCGCCCGGCUUUGGACAGUUCAUGGCUGGCCAGCUCACCCAGAAGGACACCCUGGUGACACUGUUUGACAACCAGACGUGGGCCAAGCAGGGGAUCAAUGAUGAGUUCGAAUACUUGGGCAUCCUGGAGGCCUGGCGCCAUCCCCGCUCCAACGUCUUCGUCACACUUGUUGUCUUCAUCCUCAUGAAGUUCUGGAUGUCAGCCUUGGCCACUACCAUCCCGGUGCCCUGUGGAGCCUUCAUGCCUGUCUUCGUCAUUGGGGCAGCCUUUGGGCGCCUGGUGGGGGAGAGCAUGGCAGCCUGGUUCCCUGAUGGCAUCCACACAGACAGCAACAUCUACCGCAUCGUGCCGGGGGGCUACGCCGUGGUGGGGGCAGCCGCACUGUCGGGUGCUGUCACCCACACGGUGUCCACGGCUGUCAUCGUCUUCGAGCUGACGGGGCAGAUCUCACACAUCCUGCCUGUCAUGAUCGCUGUCAUCCUGGCCAAUGCCGUCGCCCAGAGCCUCCAGCCCUCCCUCUAUGACAGCAUCAUCCGCAUCAAGAAGCUUCCCUACCUCCCUGAGCUGGGCUGGGGCCACCACGAGAAAUACAACGUGCGGGUGGAGGACAUCAUGGUGCGGGAUAUCCGCUACGUCACCCUCAACUGCAAGUACCGGGACCUGCAGCAGGUCCUGCACAGCACCAAGAUGAAGAACCUGCCUCUGGUGGAGUCAGCUGAGUCCAUGAUCCUGCUGGGCUCCAUCGAGCGGGCGCAGGUGGGGGCCCUGCUCAGCAGCCAGCUCAGCCCGCAGCGCCGGCUCAUGACGCUGCGGCAGAAGGUGCUGUCCGAGGAUGGGCACCGGCUCUCCGAUUCCAGCAUCCGCUUCCAGAUCAGCACAGAGACCUCCUCGGGCACCCCUGCCCGCCCUGCGCUCCGCAAGCCCCUGAAGCCGGCGCUGAAGCGGGUGCCCAGCAGCCCACCUGACAGCCCCCCAGCUGGCAGCACUGACCACGCUGGCAUCGCCCUCAAGAGCCUCUUCUGUGCCAACGCCACAGAGCCCACCGAGGCCCACGCCACAGCCUAUCACAAGGCCAAACGCGUCCGCAUUUCCAUUGUGGAGGAGAUGAUUCUGGGAGACAAGAUGACCCCAGCAGAGAUCCUGGAGUGGGAAGAACAGCAGCUGGACCAGCUGGUGGACUUCAGCAGUGCCAAGAUCGACCCUGCACCCUUCCAGCUGGUGGAGCACACCUCCCUGCAUAAGACCCACACCAUCUUUUCUCUGCUGGGCCUGGACCACGCAUUCGUCACCAGCAUCGGGCGGCUGGUGGGCAUGGUGUCCCUCAAGGAGCUGCGCAAGGCCAUCGAGGGCUCGCUGACGGGCAAGGGGGUGAAGGUGCGCCCGCCGCUCGCCAGCUUCCGCGACAGCACGGCCAGCGCCACCGAGGCCGACACCACCGCCCUGCGCCAGCUCUGGGACCGCCACCAGCACCACCACAUGCCCCGCGAGGCCGGCCCUGGGGGCGACGAGGAUGACGACACCCCCAAGGGCGAGUGAGACCCUUGGGAUCCACCCCCCUGUGUCCCUGGUAGCCACACGGGCCCCCUGGCCGGUGCCGGGAGAUGCCCACCCUGAGCCCACCGACGCCAGGCUCUCAGCACAGGCGUGGGCACCCCCAGUCCAGUGCCUCUGCUCCCUCCCUGGGCUGGGGACCAGCCAAAUACCCCCCAACCAGCCCGUGCUCCCCAGCUACCUGCCAGCUCUUGGGGCUUCCCACUUUGCUACCUCUGUACCCCCCCAGCCCCUGGUGCCCCCCAGAAUGGUCACUGCCCUCACACUCUCCAUGAGG